AUGGGAGCUGGGCUUGAAAAGACCAUUCAAAAACAAGGCGAAAAGGGUGCGACGGAGGUCAACCUUUCGAAGAAAGGAAUUAAAAAGGUCCCUCCAUGCGUUAAUUUAAUUCAAAAAUGCAAAAUAUUAAAUUUGUCGUUCAACGAAAUUCAAGAAGUCCCACAAGAGUUCGGAUCGUUAUAUGAGUUGGAGGAUUUGAAUAUGAACAACAACAAAUUAAAGGAAGUUCCUUUGUGUUUCACCAACUUAAUGAAGUUGAAAAACAUUUAUCUUUCUUUCAAUCAAAUCUCUAAGCUACCAAGUAACUUCUUUAUAUUCUCCAAUUUGAGAGCAUUAAACUUUACUCACAAUCAACUGACUUCACUCCCGACUGGUAUGGUGUAUUGCAGCCAAUUAGUCGAACUCCGAUUGAACUUUAACAACCUUGAGUAUAUCUCAAAUGAAAUUGAGAAGUUGGUGAAUCUAAAAACAUUAACGUGCACACACAACAAAUUGUAUGUCCUCCCACCCGGGAUGAGCGCAUUGAAGUCCAUUGAUACGUUGGACUUUUCAAAUAACCGAUUGAGGACUGUUCCAUACACAUUGUCCCGGUGUUCUACACUUCGGACUUUGAGUCUUGUCAUGAACGAGAAACUCGAACCGCAGAUAUUGAAGAGCUACGAAAAGAAGAUGGUUGGGCCGUUUUUGAAAGAUUUGGGAACGAAAGAAUUUGAGACUUUGUAUAUCAAAGACUGUUUGAAGCAAAUUGAAAUCUUUGCGAGGUCGCUCAACAUGGAAAAGGGGAAGGCGGAGAUCUAUUUUGAAACGAUGAAAAAAAUCGAGGCGGACGCGUUGAAGAGAAAGGAGGAGCUGAAAGAAUUGCAGAAACAACGAGACAUUGAACAGGCGAAGAAGGAGAGUCUCAUUGUAGAACAAGGCGAGUUGGUGAAGGCAAAUGAUAAAAAGGUGGAAGAGGGGAAUACAGAGACGGAAAAGAAAGAGGAGCCCCCCGUUGAGGAGAAGAAAGAUGAAAACCAAGAGGAGAAGAGUAAAGCACAAGUCGAGGUCAUGUGA